AAUCUAUUCGGCGAACCGGACCUGGAGGAUGAGGAUAUUUCCCCGGACACGCAAGAUCCGGAAUUGUCCGCAGAACAUAACGAUUCAGCUAUUGUGACGUCAAAUACCGAAUCAAGUACAAUCCAAAAUCACUCAGCAAAAGCCGAAAACAACAAGCCAAUAGCCUUACGCGAGUGGUUCCAACAGAAGUGGUCUUUGAGAACUGUGCAGAAUGCGGAUCCGGUACCGGACUGUGUACGGUUACUCGCGUGGCGUUUGUUUCACGAUGAUAUCGUUACCCUGAUUGGACUACGAGACUUGUGGGUCGAUCGUCAGGAUCGUCGGGAACCUACUCCGCUAUGCGAUGAGACUGUUCAGGAGUCUCUUAAAAAUGAGUCCUUUGGCAACGAAAAAGUCAUAUCCAUGAAGAACAGGCUGAACUCCGCUCCGACCGAAGCUGCGUUUACCACAUUUGCUGUCAAAUUCUCGAGUAACGCUAAACGUUCUAUAGGCCAACCAUUGUUGCUCUCUUGA